GCAGGCGGCAGCAUGGCGGCGGCGGCGGCGGGGGCAGCGGGCGGGCCGGGCGCUGCCCCGCAGGGGUUGGGCGGGUGGCUGCGCAGCGUGUACCGGUUCGCCACCGACCGCAACGACUUCCGCAGGAACCUGCUGGUGAACCUGGGGCUGUUCGCCGCUGGAGUCUGGGUCGCCCGGAACCUGACGGACAUCGACCUGAUGGCCCCGCAGCCCGUCCCGUAGCGGGAGGAAGAGCCACCGGGAAGCGCCCACCGGGACCAGGAGCAGGGUUCGGCCGUUCCACCUUGCGAUGCCUUCGCCUGCAGGAGCAGGUCCCGUCCUCAUCCCGUCCUCCUCCUCCUCAGCGCUGCUGCUCACACCUCAGCCCCGCCACGCCUGGAGCAGUGACAAAGGGGGGGAAAGCUUUUAGAUGCCAGAGGGAAGGUGGAUUCCUCGUGCGAGGCUCACCAGUGGUGUCUUCAGGGAUGUGAAGCCAUCACGUGUGGGAUUUUAUUCUGUACCCCCGUCGAGAUGGUUAUUAAAGUCUGUACAAUAAUGACACGA